AUGCAGUCCAAGGUGAUCCUCCUGCUGGGCGAGGCCGCCGGUCCGCUGGAGCUCACGCGCCUGGGCUUGUGCAGCCGGGCCUUGGCCCACCAGGUCUUCGAGCCGAUCUUCUCCACCCGCCUCUGUCGUCAUUUGUCCGUUGACGUGGACGUGUCGCUGGAGAUGCUCUCGGUGUGCCUCGCGAUGAGGUGGGCCUUCUUGGAGCCGCGGACGCCCUUCUGGACGAACCGCUUCGACGUCUUGGUGACACCAAGGGCAUUCUCGGCUCGUGCGGGAAGGCAUCCGCUGGCAAGAGCACAGAUGGACAAGAGUAUAGGCCAAAGAGGUUGCCUGAUGGAGCAAGACGAGCACGGCUUGGAGGCAUAUGGGGAGCAGCUACCGGAUCCAGCCGUUCUGGCUAGCAAGGAAAGAAGCAAGUACUUCAUCGUGCGUUCAGGUCUCAUCGAGGUCUUACGCGCAGGCCGAGGCUGGUACGACCUGGAUGAGGGGACCAGUCGCUUCCGGGAGGUCCUGAAAGGCGAUGGGUACCUCACUGUGGACCUCUGGAGGCCCACGAGCCACAUCAGGACCCGAGGCGACCAAUUGGCCGCUCUGAUGGCGCCAGCGCUGACCAUCUCCGGGGCGACGGGCAUUAACGCGCGUGUGCAGGAGCUGGAGCUGUUGAACGCUGAAGAAUCGGACACCGCCUCCAUCGAGCCCUGGCAGCACAAGAUGGAACAAGUGACAACCCCUACCGAGCUUGCUCAGCUUCAUGCCCACGAGUUCCAGGACACGUUUGGGCAAAGCCAGUUCUCCGGCUGCUGCCAGAAUGCGUGCUGCGGUUUGCUGGCAGAUGGGAUCAAUGGCACCUACGAGCCCAUGGAGAUCGCGCACCACGAGAAGCCCUGCUGGGUCUCCCGCAAGGAGCAGCCGCUGUAUCUCUUCCACGUGAGCCAGGACAACAGGUGGGUGAUUAGCAAGUCCAUUGACGACGGCGCUCACUGCUGGGCCUACCUCCUGGUCAAAGAGGGAGGCGCGGAUCCCGCCGCCUGCAGCGGCGACUGGGUGGCCUGGAAUGAGGAGCACCGUUGGGCGCCCUUGCCGGUGAAGUGCAGCUCAGUCCCAGCGGAGGACGAUCAGUUCGUCCGCCUGCGCCGCAGAGUGGACACGGAGAUGAGGAAGUACGGCAUGGUGGACCCCACCCACAUCAAGGAACUCUGGAAGAGGUUGGACUACAACGGCAACAACAUUGUGAGCCUAGCUGAGAUUGACAAGCUGACGGUGGACCUCGUGAGCACGGGCGCGUGGCCCGCCUGGCUCAACAACAAGCCCGCGCUCAUGCGUGCCUACAGGAAGACCACCCUCAAGGACGGCGAUGGCGACGACUGGGUCGAGAAGAACGAGUUUCACGCCCUGCUGCUGAACAUCUUUUGGUUCAACAAGUUGUGGCAAGUCUAUGACAGCGUGGACACGAGCGAUGAUCGGCGCAUCGACCUUCAGGAGUUCACAAAUGGCCUUGCGAAGCUGGAUCUGAAGCUCUCAGAUGCUGAGGCGCAGAAGGAGUUUGGCACCAUCGACUCCAACCACGGCGGAAAGGUGCUCUUCGUGGAGUUCUGCGCCUGGGCGCGGAAACGGAUCAACCCGGACGCCUGCCCCAACUUCGACGCGGACCUCCUCUCAGGGCAGCGCUGUGUCCAUGCCCUGCGCCACGAAGGCCACAGCGCGACGCAGGAGAACUUUAUCACGAAGAAGUGCCUCAGGGAGUUUGACGAGCUGGAAGCGGAGAUCAAGGAGCUGGUGGCGCAGCCGCGCAAGUUCCUGGCGCUGUGGCGGCUCUUGGACUUCAAUGGCAAUGGCAUUGUGUCCCUGGCGGAGAUCGACCGCCUGGUGGUGGACCAGUACCCUUUGCUGAACCACAAGCCCGCCCUGAUGCGGGCGUAUCAGAAGACCAUCUCCAAGCCAGGAGGCGGUGACGGGGACGCGUGGGUAGAGAAGAAGGAGUUCAAGACGCUCUUGGUGAACCUCUUCUACUUUAACAAGAUCAGCUGGAUCUUCGAGCAGGGCGCGGGAAUAGACAUGGACCGGCGCAUGACGUUGGAGGACUUCCGACGUGUGCUGGUGCUCUGCGGCUGCUCCAUGACGGAUGCGGAGGCGAAGAAGCAGUUCGAGGCCAUGGAUAGGAACCACGGGGGUCUGGUGCUGCUGGACGAGUUUUGCUCCUGGUUCGCCAGCAGCUCCUGUCCGGAGGGCAUGACGUCGUUGGUGGGUUGA